AUGGUGAAGGAGUGCUUGGGCGUGGGAAUGGGUGCUCCUCACGGUUACUCAGGGGGCUCCCCAGCUACCCUCCUGUACUACCUGAGGAGGGUGAGAUUCCGGAACAGCCAUGGAGAAGAGGUGGCCUUUGACGCCCAUGGAGAUCCGCCAGCUCUUUACGACAUCAUGAGAUGGCAGCCUGGCCCCCGGGCCUCUGCUCCCUUCCAGGAAAUCGCCACAUUCGAUGGCACGGCGUCCCAGGAACUCCAGCUGCAGAUGAAUGAGAGUGGGCUCACUUUGGAAUGGAGGAAGGAACAGCUCCACAACUCCUCUGUCUGUCCAGAGACCUGCCCUCCUGGAACCUGGAGGACGUCCAAGAGUGGCCAGGCGACCUGCUGUUUCACUUGCGUCCAGUGCCCUGAGGGCCAAGUGUCUGAACACAAAGCAGAUGCUACCACAUGUGAGAGGUGCCCUGAUGACACUCUGUGGCCCAGCCCAUCAAGGGAUCGAUGUGAGCUGCAGCCUGAUGUAUUCCUCCAGUUCGGGGAUCCCCUUGGGGCUGUGCUGGCCUGCCUCGGAGUCUGUGUGUCUCUGGCCACAGGUGUAGUGCUGGUGGUCUUUGUCUGCCAUCGUCACACUCCCCUGGUGCGAGCCAGCAGCCCAGGCCUCAGCGCCCUCCUGCUCACCUCCCUGCUGCUCUGUAGCCUCAGCUCCCUUCUCUUCCUUGGUCGCCGCGGCCGAUUUGAUUGCCGACUUCGCCAGGUGGCCUUCAGCCUCACCUUCACCAUGGCAAUCUCCUGUGUGCUGGCUAGGACUGCUGUCGUCCUCGUGGCCUUCCGAGUGGUCCAGCCAGCCAGCCCCCUUCAGAUAUGUCUGGGGCCUGGCCUGCCUCGGGCUAUGGUUGCAGGGCCCCUUGUGGUCCAGGCUGGUAUCUGUAUUGUCUGGUUAUGGGCUGCCCCCAAUGACCAGAGCACAUCAUUGGCCCCCAACACGGUCCCUCCUGAGUGUCGUGAGGCCUUGCCUCCUGGUUUCUGGGGCAUCAUGGGCCUCCUGGCUUUGGCUGGCUUUGUGCUGGCCCUGAUGACGCGCCAGCUUCCCGGUGGCUUUUGUGAAGCCCACCUUCUCACCCUCAGCAUGGCCGUAUGUGUGAGCGUCUGGCUGGCCUCCCUGCCUGCCCAGAUCCACAGCAGGGGCCGGGCAGGGGCAGCAGCUGUCCAGGCCUUUGGCAUCCUGACCUCCAAUGCUGCUCUGUUGGGCUUCAUCUUCCUGCCCAGAUGUGUCAUCAUCUUGCUCCGGCCCCACAGGAACAACAGGGCUUGGCUCAUGGGGAGGCCACCAGCCAGGCUUCAGCCAAGAGGCCACUGCUUGGAAUGA